AUGGAUGGUUUUCAAUUCAUUAUCGAGUCCCCUCAAGAGACCCAAGGUCACAAGAAACGCCCGCGUCUUGUGACUUCUUGUGAUAACUGCCGCCUCAAGAAAAUCAAGUGUCUGCAGUCAUCUCCCGAGACACAAUGCGAGGCCUGCAAGUUAGCUAAAAUUCCAUGCAAGUUUCGCGAUCGCGAACGAUAUUUUGCUGAGCGUAGUCGAGCUAUUGCGGGCCCCAGUUCAGCGCCAACGUACCAUGGAUCAUCAAAUAAAGCAACCACUACGGCCCCAGAGUUUUCAGAGCGUUCCAACUCGAGUAGUACAAGCGAGCACGCCACCCCGGCAUCGACCGCGCACACGUCACCAUCGCAAGGAUAUGCCAAUUCUGUCUCUCGCUCCCCGUCCUACUCGCCACCCGGAACAGCUUCCACAGAUCACGGUCGCUAUCAAACUUAUCCAGAUCAUUCAAGGCCUCCUACAGCUCAUAGCCACGGAAGACAUACAGCUGUAGCCGAUGAUCAUGCUCGUCGAUACGGAACUCCUGGUCCAGGUCAGGCAUUGAGUCGUCCCCAUCCCACGUCGAGCGGCUACCGGCCAACUCAGGUCUUUGACCCGAUGCAUCCUCAGAUGCCACAACGCAGCUGGAUGCCGCAAUUCAUCCAGAUAUUCAUCAGUCAACUUGGCAGCCAAUGCGCGUUCAUGACUUAUGAUGACCUAUAUGAAAAAUUUCGACACCAGACUCUAUCCCCUUUGCUCUCCAACUGUAUCGCAGCACUCGGCGCAAGGUUUUCUGACAUACCGGACGUCGUCGCACGUGGUCCGCAGAAUGUUGCAGAUAUUUUCUGUGAGAAUGCCAAGGAGAUGUUGUCCGCGGCACUUAACCAACCGUCUCUCGACGUUCUUCACGCUGUCAUUACCCUGGCAUGGACAGAAUACAAAACUGGUCGGCUUCUUGGAUUCCGACAAUACGGCGAUCUUGCCAUGAGAACUGCGAUAGCUAUAGGAUUGUCUGAAGAAUCCACCAGGCAAAUGAGCCCUUAUGACAGUUACCAAAAUCGUCUUCGUCUGACAUGGCAAAGUGUCUCCCAAUUGUACGCCUCAUCAGCUUUGGCCAAACCAAAAUUUUGCUUUGUCAUUAAGGUUAAACUCUUAUGCUCCUCUUUCCCUGGUUAA